AAUGAGUACGUGGCUUUAAGUUAGCUUAAAAUGACAAAUAUUCAAUCAUUAAGAAUUUUUAACCGAUGAUUCUGUUUAUUUAAUGAAACAAUUGUCAGUCCAUGACAAUUAUCCUAAUUGAUAAUGCGAUGACGGUCUCAAAUCCACUUAUCAAAGAACUGAAAGGUUGGACAAGAAAGUUAACAGAAUGUGACAAAGAAAUUGAUGAUGAAAAUACAGAUUUGCUUUAUUUUUGCAAAUGUUUAGAAAAAUGUUUACAGAAGGGUGUAUUAUUGCGCUUAAAUAAUGUAAGUUUUGCAAAGUUGCCUGAUGCUUGGUACUGGUUGGAAGAAAUCACUGAAAAACAUUUCAGUUCCUGUUCUACUUACUCUUUAGCGGUCGAACAAGUGAAACAAAACCCAAAAGUGCAUACACCUAGUGGAUGUCUUAGACUUUUAAUUAGAACAUGUUUAAUGCGAAAGUGCCUUCAUAUGCCUAUAGAAAUGCUGGUCAGGACACCAUUAAUGGCUACAGACUAUUAUGAUAAAAACAGUAUUCUAGGAGAUGACAUUCUUGGUGAAAUAUUUCUAUCAGUAUUGCUACAAAGUAGUAAACUAAAUUUUAAAUUAAAUUUACGAAAUUCUAGUUUUUUGGAUGAAUCUUGGCAGCUGCCAGAAUGUGUGGCUCUGGAAUUAGUGCCAUGUAAAAGUUUAGGUAUUUCUGUGUGUUUUACCAAAGGAAAAGCUUUAAUAGUUAAUUUGGAUAAAAAUUCAGUAGCUGCCGAAGAUGAUAAAGUUGAGAUUGGGAAUGUGUUAGAUGAAAUAAAUGGAAAUGCUAUAACAUCAAAUACUAAAGGCCAGUUGCGUAAAAUUAUGAGGAAAUCUAUGGGCCAACCAGUGUGUUUACAUGUAAUUAGACAUCGAAAUAAAGAAACAAAUGAAGUGUAUGCUCCAAUAGUACAGCUUAUAAAAAGCUCGGGUAUUGAGAGUAUGACAAAAAUUUUAAAAAAAUUUAAUUCAGAAAAGCAUGACGAUGAAAAAACUGAGGUAUCUAAGCCAAGAAACAAAUCAUUGAAUGCUGGAUUUUCUGUUAAAUAUUGCGGUUCUGUAUAUAUUGGCACUGAAGGAGAUGUUAAACAAAUUGAAAGGGCAAUCCUACAAGUUCUGAAGUCGGAAGAAAUGAAAUUAGUUCCUGUAAAAUUUGAAUGUCUAGAAAUCGGAAUUAGAGUAACAGAGAUCACAGAGGACACAAUAAUAUGUAAACAAAGUUACAUGGAAAUCUCGUCUUGUGGUCGUACUGCAAACAUUCCAAAUUAUUUUGCAUUUAUUGCAGGAGAUACUAACUGCAAUUUAGCAACCAAAUUUGAUGCAUAUAUAUUUUACCAUCAAAAUGAAAAUGAAGUACAAACUAUAUUACAAAGUUUGGGCCAAGGAUUUCAACGAACACAUUUUGCAGUUUAAUGGUUUUAAAUAAAAAAAAACGACUGUAUUGAAAAUUAUUUCAUGACGAAAACUAUAUUUAAAAAUUCACACUACGAAUAUUCCAAUUUACG